GGAUUUUUAACACUUAAUCAAGUCAGUGCUGCUAUAUGGUUCAGAAACUUGGCGGUGCGUUACGCUAAGCACUUCCAACAAACUACAGACAUUCAUCAACAGCUGCCGCUUACGCUGGCUCGAUACUGAAGAUUAGAUGGCCAGAACAAUAAGAAUAAGCAACAAGGAACUCACUCUGAGAACAAACCAACCAAGAACCUAUCACCCAACAAAUAUGCAGUAGAAGAAGGUGGAGAUGGAUUGGGCAUGCAUUGAGAAGGCUGACUGGGGACAUCACGCGCCAGGUACUAGAGUGGAAGCCAAAGGGGAAACGAUGAGUUGGGCGCUCGUGGCGAGGGUGACAUGGAUGAGUAAAUGUGAGGAAGAAAUGAAAGCUACUGAGCAGUCGUGGAGUCAGGUUGAAAAGACUGCAGAGAAGAGAGUGGAAUGGAGGCGUGGUACUGAAUCUCUAUGUUCCAUUAGGAACCCAAGGGAAAAAAAAAUGAUUCAAUUGCUGAUUGAAUACAGAGAAUUGUAUGAAAAACCUGGAUUCCUUUACAGCAAACAUAAUUACCAAGCUGAUAGUCUAAAAGUUAGAGCCUUCAAUAACAUUUUGGGUCAAUACAUUUAGUGAGCACUAUCUCAGCAAAUCAAGACAUAUAAUGUGUAGGCAGGUGUAUGAAGCAUUAUCAUACUGGUUGUCUGUCAAAACAUCAUCAGGUCAUAGGUGUAACUGUGACUUGCAAGUAAUUAAGAAGUUUUCAACUACUGAUUUCACC